CUGGUGGUAUAGAUUAUGUUGAAACAGGAAUACUAUGAAGUGGAUGAAUCUGGUAUAGAUUAUGUUAUAACAUCUGCAGCAAAAAAGUGGAGAGAGUUUAAGGCUGACCUAAAGAGCAAAUAUUUUGAUGAAACAUUGAGUUUUGAAGAGCUUAUUGCUAAAAGGGAUGAAAGGGUGAAAGAAUCUGAUUGGGAGUGGUUGAUAACUUAUUGGAUGUCUCCAGAAGCCGAGGUUCGUACAAACAGAGGUAAAGAUAAUCGUUCAAAGCUGACUAUGUCGCAUGCAGCUGGUAGCAAGAGUUAUGCUCGUGUGGGGCAUGAACUGGCCGAGCAACAAGGACGCCCUGCGAGAAGAGAUGAAAUAUAUGUUAGAACACACACGCGUAAGAACAAAGAAGGGGAUAUUGUGCCUCUACCUGGAGCAGAAAUAUUCAUUAAUAAAUUUGAAGAAGUUGUUGCUGAGAACCCAGAACUGAAGGACAGAAGUAUUGAAGAUGGUGAUUUAUAUGCACAUGUUUUUGGAGAGAAAGAACCAAGAGGUCGUAUUCGUGGUUUAGGCUUAGGACCAACUCCACAAGAUGUAGGCACUCCUGGAACUCAAAUGAAAAUAUCAACAAAGCUUCAAAUGGCAUUGCAAGCUCGCAGUCAGUCUGAGCAAGAGGUUAGAGCCUUAAGACAGGAUAUGAAUCAAAUGAAAGAGAAAAUGGAUCAAAUUUAUCAAAUGAUGGUAGCAGCUCAAGGGGUGCAACAUAUAGAAAGCCCAUCACAACAUGGGUCUAAUUCUCGACAGAACUCAAGGGUGCAUCGGUCAGAUGAGGUGGCACAUGGUUACAAUGGUAAUGACCAUUCACCAAAUAUGGUUGAAGAUGACUUGCAGCUUACUAGGCGAGUUGCAAGCACUAUGGGCCGUCCAAGGAAUCGUGAAGAUGUUAAUACUAUUGAAGAGCAAAGUCGCAGGCGAGACAUUGCAACAAUGGUACCUCAAAGAAAUCAUGGAUCACCUCAAAAUGCAGAUGAUAAUCAUGUUGGUAAAGAAGUCAUAUUAUAUUCUAUGAUGAGAUCAGAAGUUCCUGUUGCAAUAGCAAAUAUUAUCUCAACCGACCCAACCACUAAGGUUGCAGAUGUUCCUCUUGGAAGGGAGUUUACACAGGUUUUUGUGACUCGUGUGCUAAAAAGGGAAAGUACUCUACCACGACCAUACUUAGGUGUAGAGAGUAUGGGAGAUGCUCUUUUUAUGCCCGUUGCAUGGCCAACGAACAAGGUAAUACUACAACCUUGUAUUUUAUUUAUGUAA